UAGAGCAACAUGUACAGCCUUCUCUAACAGUACUUGUCAGCUUCUUGGAUGAGCUGAAGGAAGCUGCUAACUAGGGACCUGGUGAGGUGCUUAAAUACUGGAGGAGACAUACUGGCCCACUCAGGUCUCUCUCUGUGUUCUGCAGGGGAAAGAGAGUGAAGAGCAGGCUGAGCAAAAAAAGGGGGAGAGUGAGCGAGCUGAGACAGGUGGUGUUUUUUAUCCUAGCUGCCGCAGUUGAAAGGGAAAAAAGUAGCAACUCCGCAGCCUUACUUGAACCACGAACUCAAACCCGAAGCAACUUUCUUUUCUUUUUUGUUUUUGCCUUCAAACUGUUUUUUUUUUUUUAAAGACUGUCCGGGGGCCACCUGCCUGUUAUUUGCAUUUAGUCAGGUUAUGCCCAUUUACAUUAAAAAAAAAACGAACAAAAAUAAUUAUCACUCUUGAGUGAAACAGAGGGAGCGGGGAAAAAAAAGACGGCAUGUUUAUCUGCUCUAAUUAAUCUACCUAAAACAAGCUCCUUUUUUUUUUUACUCCCAAAGAAAGUAGUGGAAAAAGAAACGAAGAGAAAAAAAAAAGACAACACUUCAACAACUCAAAUUCUAUUUCUGCAGAAGGCCUUUUUUUAAAAAAAGGUAUACAAAUGCUCUCAGUCCAGCCAGACACCAAGCCAAAAGGUUGUGCUGGCUGCAACCGAAAAAUCAAAGACCGAUAUCUUCUAAAGGCCUUGGACAAGUACUGGCAUGAGGACUGCCUGAAGUGUGCCUGCUGUGACUGCCGUCUUGGCGAGGUGGGCUCCACACUCUACACAAAAGCCAACCUGAUCCUCUGCCGACGGGACUACCUAAGGUUAUUUGGAGUCACGGGGAACUGUGCAGCCUGCAGCAAACUUAUCCCUGCCUUCGAGAUGGUAAUGAGGGCCAAGGACAAUGUUUACCAUUUGGACUGCUUCGCCUGCCAACUUUGCAAUCAGAGGUUUUGCGUGGGUGACAAAUUUUUCUUGAAGAACAAUAUGAUCCUUUGCCAGACAGACUACGAGGAAGGCUUAAUGAAAGAAGGCUACGCGCCCCAAGUUCGCUGAGCUUGGCUUCAAAAGAGACACAGAAAGAAGACCUGCAGUUUGACACCAAAAGCACUAACUCCUUCUUAGCAUUCUCCCCACAUGUACAUAACAAACAAGACAGGGAUUUGUUGUAUAGAUUAGCUAUAGGGACAGACAAAAGCAAAGUGGAGACCUGGCUCAGAUAUGAAGGACAGAAUGGGAUUUGGUUUGUUUGGGAUGACUGCUGGCUUCAUCUCUCCCACCUCAGCCACCAACACAGGCCUUACUGGGAUCUGCACAUACUGUAGGUCUCUCCUUGAGCUCUGGCAACUGCUUCUGUGCUUCAGGGGACAAAUUCAUAGAAAUAAAGAAAAACAGGAUGCCAACUUUGCAAUCUUAUUUUAUUUUUUACGGGCACUUUUCCUGUGCUUAGCCACAGAGGUGAGGGAGAUGCAGUCUAGCCACCUCCCAUUCUCAGGUCUAAUGGGUUUUACCAGGAGGUCAGGUCAUUUUCAGUCCACAUAACGCUGUUUAUUCAUAUCCUGGUACAUAUUUGUGUCAUUCUAGUCUCAAUCUGCCCUGAUGCUGGACAAGUUAAAGCCAGUACUCGACAGAAAUGUGUUACAGUGAAAGUUCACAGGUCUCGAUAUUUAGCAAACCUUCACCUGCCUUCGUCCUGAGUGUUUCCCAUGCAGUUGUCCACAGUGUCUUUAUCUGCUAUUUUGCUUGCAUGAGUCCUGUUGUUUAUCUACCCAUAAGUGACUGAUGAAGGGCUGGUGGUUUCAUUCUUUUUUCUACUGAAGUAUUUUUAACCCAUUAAUGUAAUAAUAGCUUCACGCCUUAAGAGCAGAUACUGUACUUGAACUGAAUCACUGCUGCUCAUCUACACUAUAUUGCUGCCAUGAAUGAGAAGCCUCUCCAGGGUGUUGCUUUAUUACAAUAUUCAGAAUGACCAGUUUGUCCAAUCCAUUGCCUUAAGACACUGUUUGCUUAUGGGAAAAUAAUAUCUGCCGUAUAAAAUACGGAGCAUCACUAUUUCUAUAAACUACUGUGUUAAAAACGCAACAUGCACAAGGCAGGCAAUGUUUUUGCAAAAUAAAGAGACCAAUAAAUUUUCACUUUAAAUUGCAGCUGUAAAUAUAUAAGAUUUUUCUUUGCUUGCUGUUGUAUAUGAUUGGUUUUUAUGUGUCACACGGCAUGAGAUGUUUAUUUUCGGACUACUCUUGUACAUACUGUAUUGUAAUAAUUUUAAGCACAAAUGUAAUACAGUUUUAUUGUGUUACUAUUUGUGUAAUUUCUUUCUUUUUGCCUUCUUUGUACUGUUAGUAUUUAGUACAAUUAUUGUUCAGGUUUAUUGUAAAAUUGCCGCUUUCUGUACUGGGAAAUUUUAACUGAGCUGUACCUUUCUAGUAAAAGAGUUUAACAGCAUUGUCCCCUCUAUUUGAUUCAGGUGAGACUUCAGGACAGAUGGGGUAAAAUUGGGGUAUAUAAGUGUAAGCAAUUAUUAUUAUUAUUAUUAUUAUUAUUAUUAUUAUUAUUAAAAUUGCUGAAAUUCAGCCAACCAGGGGUCUCUUGGUAAUAGCAGACAUUGGUUCCACUUACAGUAUAUUGUACAGGAGCUUUUUGAAUUUCUACAGACUUCCCAGCUAAUUAAUGUAACAUAGUUCACAUCUGUAGCUGUCCCGUACCAUACUUUAUCAUUUAAAACUGCUGAUGAAUUUAUAUGUUCAAAGAAUAUUGAAAAGGACAACUAAAGAACAUAGAACAUAUUAUAAAGGUUCACCUUUAAUUUAUUUUACAGAAUUUUGUAUACAGUCCAACUUACAAGCCAAUAAAUACAAUUAAUUCAGUGAGAAAUUUA